AAAUAGCCAGAUGAUUAGGUUCGUUUUGUAAUCUGGAGUUUAACGUAAACGAAGAUGAACUCUAAGACUCAUGAUGAAUAAAAGAUCGCUUUCCUAUUGAUUGAUGCAGCUGGUAACUUACAAAGUGGACUGUUAUGGAGAAUACGGUGCCAAUAUAGGAACAUAAAUCAACGACCUGAUUGGACAAUCUCACAGACACUGGUGUCACAUCUUGGACAGAGGUCAUCACUCGGGAGAAAUUAAAAACAAGCUGUAAAAGAUACCGGUGUAUUGAUUGACGGCUAGGGUGAUGUCUGAUAUUUCAUAAAUGAGAUUAAAAGUACGGGGAAUAUAAUCGCGCACCGCUGUAAUCAAAAUCUCAUUUGUGGUUGGCAUGAUUUGCUAAAUACUUCCAAAUGACAGAGGAAAAAAAAAAACAAUCCUGAUAUGUGAAAUACCUAAGGGAUUUGAAUAUGUAAAUACAGUUACUCAGCUGUUGUGAGUUUAAUCAGAACUCAGUUUUACCAUACGGUUAUAUGGACUGGUAGGAAAGUUGAUAUUCUUAUUUUUACCAUUUCAAAAUGGUAAGCGCCAUCAGGUCCUUCAUAGCUCCGCUAAUCAAGGUGUGCCGCGAGAGAAUAGCAUCUAUCGAGAUCAACGCAACAGACGGCGUGUAUUGUAACGGGACGGUGGACGAUUUUGGAGGGUGUUUCAACGUGACGAAGGCUGGGGACACUAAGAGGAUAAACUGCCCUUUUUUCUUUAACAAAAAAGGCUUCGUGUACAAGGCGUGUUCAGAGGACGGCGAAUGGUUGAAAUCUGACUAUCAUGGAUGCCGGGAGCAGAGCUAUGAAGAAGAUGACGCCAUGUUUCCUGUCUAUGUCUUCAUUGGCGGUUAUUCCGUGUCCAUAAUUCUUCUGAUGAUAUCGCUCUUCAUUUUCUUUUAUUUCCCGCAGCUGCGGUGUGGACGAGUGACCGUCCACAGAAAUCUCUUUAUGUCCUACAUACUGACUGGUCUGUCGUGGAUAUUGUACUAUAUUCUUGUCACUUUCAAUGGAGAGGUGCUUCUCAGAAAUCCGGUUUGGUGUCAGAUGCUGCAUGUGUUUACCUACUUUUGUAUGGUUUGCAACUAUUUCUGGAUGUUCUGUGAAGGCUUCUAUUUACAUACCAUCCUCAUCCGGGUCUUCAGCAACGGAAAGAGCCUUAUUGUUGUGUGUCACGUAACUGGAUGGGUGUUUCCAGUAAUACCCACUGCUGUAUAUGCGUCUGUACGAAGUUCUGAUCCAGUUUCCACCUUAAAAUGCUGGAAUCCAUACAGUAACUAUCUGUGGAUAAUCUAUGGACCCAUUAUGGCGUCUUUAGUGUUAAACAUCAUUUUCCUUGUAAACAUCGUUCGGUUGUUAAUGACAAAGUUAAAACGAGUUCCGGAAGCAGCUCAGACUAAAAAAGCGGCCAAAGCUACACUAGUUCUGAUACCAUUACUCGGACUCCAUAAUCUUCUUCUGCCAGUUAGACCUGAGUAUGGUUCAUCGAUGGAAAAAGUUUAUACGUUCCUUGUCGCCAUUUCUUUGUCCCUUCAGGGCUCGUUUGUGUCUAUAAUCUACUGUUUUUGUAAUGCUGAGGUUACAACGAUAUUAAAGAGGAAAUGGAAACAGUACAUGCUGAUGAGAGGCACAGGUAUGAACCUUGGUGUCAGCACCUACUCCACGACGGAAAACGGACAUGCAGAAAUGGUCUCUGAGGACGUAGGACAGGGCACCGGAGGACAUCGACCUGUACAACUCUAGGAAUCGGGGGCUCUCAAUAUUUCAUGAGAUUGAGCACUGUUCUGAAUCGUUUAUGUCCGCUUUUCAUGAACACUAAUCAUGCAUAUAUAAGAUACAGUGGAGCUUCAUGUUGUAGAUUUUUUAAAUUUGAGAUUAAAAUAUAAGCAAGAAUUCACAUGAUUUUUUAUCGAGCAAGUUUAGCUCUUCAAACACAUACAAACACAGAUUGUUACAUUUGUACAAUCAUCAUUUAGACGUCUAUAUUGCAUUUGAAGAAUGGAAAAUAAGAGUACUGUGUAUUAUUUCGUUCGUGAAAGCUGAUGUUGUAUAAAUUUAAAAUAAAUUGAAGUGUCUGUA